AGCUCCAGGGACUGAUGCUCCUGGAACUGAUGAGCCUGGCUUGCCAAUAAUGACUCAGGAUCCUGUGGAAACUGAUGCUCCUGGAACGGAUACUCCUGUUGAAGAAACUGAAGCUCCAGGACUGAUGCUCCUGAAACCGAUGUUCCUGGAACCGAUCCUCCUGUUGAAGAAACUGAAGCUCCUGGAACCGAUGCUCCUGGAACCGAUGCUCCUGGAACCGAUGCUCCUGGAACCGAUGCUCCUGGAACUGACCCUCCCAUUGAAGGCACUCAACGCAGACGAAGAGUUGCAGCUUGCGGCAGCAACUUUUGAGUUCUUCAACGACACAUUCCAGGAAGCAUUCCCAGAGACCUUUGUUACCUUUGCGGGUGAGCCAACAUCUUCCGAAUUCUUACUCGACGCGAUACCCACUCAAUACCGACUGAGUUUCACCGGCCAAUCGGUCUUCUUCCCCUGUGCGCCCCCAUUGGAGGAAUUCCAAUCCGUUCUGGAUAAUGCUGACUAUGUGGCUUUGUGGAACGAGUAUGUGCGUCCUGAUGCGGCUGUGCCGGGCAAUCUGUUAGUGUUUGUGGAGAGAGCGGAAUACACAGGGGUCAUUAGUUACUUGUAG